UGCAGCAGAAGAAAAAGUUACCUCAACCCUUAUGCCAAAUGAAAACUUACCAGUAGAAAAAGCUCUUGCAUUGUCAGUGCAAGAGGACCAAGAGGAUUCAGCCAUUUCUGUGUCCAUUAGUUCAACAGCUAAUGCCUUAAGGAAUAAAACCUUAAUGCUUCCUGAAAGGUCAUCUAUUGACAAAACUAACAAUAGCAGCCAGGAGUUCAAAUUUGAUGCAAAGUCUUUGAACAUUUUCCACCAUAAUCAGAACCAAACAAUGUCUCAAUUGUUUGUUGAUCACAUGAGGUUCCCAGUGAACCCCAAGAAUCAAAAAACUGCAUUUACUCCAGAUGGAAGGAAGAAAAGCAACAAGCUGGAAGAAAACAACACAAAUUUAUCCUCCGAUUUGACUUCAGUCAUGUCUGUGGAUCACAAAGCUUUGACGAGAAGUCUUAUCCUUCAUGAAAGGGACUCUACAGACACUGAUGAAUUUAAUCACAGUGUAGCCCGAUCAUGUACACCUUCUCCUCCUGCACCAGCUACCAAUCUCCUUCACCUCCCUCCAUCUUCCAAAACUCUCACCCCUUCCAUCUUUGUCUCCAGUGCCAACAGGUCUGCUGCCAGUGAUACCCUUCAGAGAGGAAGUUUUCAUACCGGGACCAACAGCCUUUGGAAUUUAGUUAAACCAAUAUGUUAUGGUCAUGACCGACAGGAACAACAGUUUGGACUGAACCAGGCCGCAAGGUCCUUCACCUCGCAGGCACGAGAAAAGAGUUUUGUAAGUGAAAGGUCUAAAAACAUCGUCCAUUUCCCAGAUGUAAGAACCUCAGUGUUGCCGGAGCUCAGUGGAAAAGAAGCUAAACAGAGCAAAUGUGCUACCAAGGAACAGAGGACAGAAAAGACUCCAGUCCCACUCAGUCCACCAGCAGACGGACAAUAUGGACAAAACACAAAUACACCAAAACAGAUGGAGUAAAACGAGUUCCCGCCACCAAACGACACUAAUCUUAAUUUUCAUUAUUAUUAUUAUUUAAUCAUGGUGAUGCUUCAAAUACUGACUUUAAAUUCCUAAAAUGUUAAACUUUGAGUAUGAGAACACAUUUAUAUUUAUCAUUUCCUUUAACAACAUUCGAUUAUUGAAAACUGUUAAUGAAUUGUUUAUUUUGGUAGUUUCGUGGUAAAACACAAGAAACUGUAAAACAACUAAUGUAACUUUUUUUCCCAAAGAAAUCAACAAUAAAUAAGCUGUAAAAAACGUGUGGGUGUUUUAUUAGUCACAGGCAUGAAAAGCUGAAGCUUCU